AUGUCCCAACAGCUGGUGGACGAGGAGACGCCGUUGCUACGGCCCGCACAGCAGAAAAAGGCUAGGACACCAUUGCCUUGGCGUCAAUUCUCUAUCAUACUGUUUCUGCAGCUCGCAGAACCGCUUACUUCACAAGUGAUUGCCCCCUUUGCACCUCAGCUGAUAAGAGAUAUUGGGAUUACGAAUGGCGAUGAAACCCGUGUAGGAUACUAUGUUGGAUUGAUGCACUCCCUAUUCUUUGCCACACAAGCCCUCACCGUUCUCCAUUGGAGUCGUCUAUCAGACCACAUUGGACGAAAACCUGUCAUUUUGACGGGGCUGUUCGGAUUAUCCAUUUCAAUGUACUGUUUCGGCCUUUCUAAAACCUUUUGGGGGCUCGUACUAAGCCGUGCUCUAAAUGGUGCUUUGAACGGCAACAUCGGUGUGAUGAAAAGUAUGAUGGUGGAAAUUACUGACUCUACCAACUUGGCCCAGGCAUAUUCGUAUAUGCCGAUAGCUUGGUCAAGCGGUGGCACCAUUGGACCCUUGAUUGGCGGAUCGUUAUCACGACCAGCUGAUCAAUUUCCGAAUAUCUUCGGACAUUCCCAAUUCUUGAAGACCUAUCCCUAUUUCCUUGCAUGCGCUGUACCUGCUACCUUUUCUAUGUUGGCUUGGGUUGUCACUUUUCUUUUCUUGCAAGAGACUGUACCUACCAGGGUGACUCUCUGGCGCUUGCUAAGGGGAAAACAUCGGAAAGACUCCACCCCUGUUAAGGGCCCUGUGACUCCCACGGUACCAACUGGUUACCUCACCGCAGAAGAUACCACUCAACGUGCAAAGGCUGAUGGCGACCCCAAGCCGCUACCCCUUCGUUCGCUCUUGAUACCCAGAGUGAUCAUAGCCGCUGGAAAUUAUGCCACUUUGUCACUUUUUGACAUUGCAUUUCGUGCUGUGCAACCUGUGUUCUUUGCCACACCGAUAGAACUUGGUGGGCUGGGAUUAGAUCCCCUGCGCAUCGGCAACAUUCUAGCUAUCUAUGGUGUGAUCAAUGGCUUGUUCCAAGUCAUUUUCUUCGCCGAUCUCCAUGAUCGUUUCGGCUCAAAGACAAUCUUUUCUGUGUCAAUGGCUGCUGGAAUUCCGAUGAUUAUCACUCUUCCUAUCCUCAAUGCUUUGGCCAGAGUACAAGGGUUGAGCCCCAUGGUAUGGGCGAUUGUUGGCCUGCAACUUGCUUUCUCAGUGAUAGUAAAUCUGGCGUAUGCCUGCGUAUUUAUUUAUAUCGCCGCGGCGUCUCCGAACCAGGCAUCUCUUGGUGCAACGAAUGGGAUUGCUCAGUUGGGUGUUUCGAUCAUGCGAGCGAUCGGCCCCGCAUCCGCCACGUCCACGUUUUCGCUAUCUAUCGAAAACCCCCACCACGCAUGGAUAGUCUACUAUUAUCUGAUUGCCCUUGUCUGUGUGGGCAUCUGCACGUCGCUCUUACUUCCCCGGCAGCUGUGGAAGAAUCAGCAUUAA